AUUGCAAGGAGAUCAUUGAAAGAAGACAUCAAAGUGCCAUUGCUUUUGGUAUUUGAAUUCCAUAAGUGUGAACAGAAUUGUCUGGCGUUCACAUUGCUUAAUGCUAUUGCUUCUGGCAGAUUUAAAGGAGAGGCUGAAGUUUUGAAGUAACAUAUAAUUAAGUGCAGUUGACUUUGAGUUGGUGGACACUGGGCGUGUUGCAAUUUGCCAACCAUUUCCACAAAGCUUUUAGGGAAGUUCAUCAUGACAGGCUCUUUUGGCUGCAUUCUCUCCUACUGAGGAUAUAACCACACAUAUACUUCAGAAUCCCCUCUCAAACACUAACUCAUCUCAAUCAACAAUGGAGAAAUCAGCAGGAUUGCUUCCUUGGGUCAAGACCUUUAUCCUCAUUAUUCUCCUACACCUGAUCUGCUCAUCUUCAGUAGUCAGAGUCAAUGGCCUCGAGGAUGCCAUGGAGCUAAGAUCAAGCUCUAAGGUGAUGAUCCAAAUGAACAAGGUGAGAAAGCUUAUGGGAGUUGAGGCACUGUUGGAUUAUGAAGAUCCAUCAGCCAAUCCAACACAUGACCCCAAGAAAGGAAGCCCUGGUGGUAAAGGAGGCAACAAUCCUUGAGUAAUUACUCAAGGCUUGCUCGUUUUGCAGCCUUUUAAUCUCUUGUGAGAAUGAUGUUUAAUUAAUACUGAUCAGAGGGAGACUGAGAGUCAUGUGAUCGAGCAAACUUGAUGGGUUUAUUAGAUAUCACCUGUAGUUGUGAACAGAAUGAAACUAAAGUUUUCUUGCAGUAAAACAUGGCAGCCAUA